AUGGUGGGUCCUAGAGUUUUGCAAGGAGAAUCAUUGGAAGCAUUCAAUGAAGGGAUUGGUCAUAUUUUGAAUCGUUGGUUGGCUCUUCAAACCGCUGUUGAUUACAAGUGGGGUGGUGAUAACCUCAAAGCUCAAAAACUCAUUGCCGAUGUUCGUACUUGGUUCGCUCAAUCCAAAGAGCCGCUUCAUAUUGAUGGACUGAAAACCCUAAUCAAUGAAGGCAUGAAUGCUGCUUUCGAUCUAUCGAUUGAGGAUGGAAGCAAUGAAGAUAUGAUUGAAGAAUUAACGUUGUUGUAUGAAGACUGUUUAAAUGGAGAUUUUCGGAGUAUUGAUAGUUUGAGGGAGUUUUGUGAUAUACUAAAGUCAGUUGCAUCAACCACUGCUACAACAACAACAAGCGACACUAAAGGGCAUGAGCCAAUGUUGUCCAAUAACCUGCUGCUAGCGGGCUACCUGGCCCAUGAGUUUCUGACCAAGGGGACUCUCAUGGGUAAGCCGUGGGUCCCAUCUGAAGUGAGCGACGACAGCGAAGAGGAAGGAGAAGGCGACAUAGGCAAGGUUGUGCCAAAGACCAUAGAUGGAGAUGAAGAUGGAAAGGUACGUGAGACUUAUGAGAAUUUAAAGGGUGGUGAGAUCCACCUUCAGGGUGUUGUGAACCCCACCUAG